UCACUUCCGGGAUGCAAGGGAGAGCAAAAUGACAGCUGGUUUGUUUUUAUCAACAAGGAAAAUUCAAAAUAGACAUUCAAGUGUCAUGUGGUGAAUGCCCUCCAAGUCUGCCAUUUUCUGGCCUGUCCAGAGCAAAUCCUGACAAACUGAUCAAAAGAGGGAAAGGAUUUCUUCUGGAGACAUAUGUCAGCCCUGCCAGGCACUCUGGAGCCAUCGGUACAAACACAGAAGAAGACAGUGAGCAGUGAUAGUGGUCAAACUAAAGGAAACAUCCCUUCAGCUGAGGGGGAGGCUGUUCAGUGGGACUUAGCCAUGGAUCCACCAGAGAACAUGGAGGGUCGUACCUUUGUGGAGGUGAUGAGUGAAAAGUACAGUCCAGAGAACUUCCCAUACCGCAGAGGGCCUGGUAUGGGGGUGGUGGUGGUGCCCACUGCAGGUCCUCAAGGCUCUCCUAUGAAAGACCGUCUGAACCUGCCCAGUGUGUUGGUGUUGAAUAGCUGUGGGAUCAGCAGGGCGGGAGACCAGACUGAGAUCGCUGCCUUCUGUGCUCAUGUCAUAGAGCUGGACCUGUCCCAUAACAAGCUGCGGGACUGGCUUGAGAUCAGCAAAAUUGUGUCCAACAUCCCACACUUGGAGUUCCUGAACCUGAGCUCCAACCCUCUGCAAGGAAUGCACCUUGAGUCACAGUGGGCUGAAGCCUUUUGUCGGGUCCGACGCCUCGUCCUAAACAACACUCAAGUGUCCUGGGACACCUUGCUUUUGCUCACCAGGGAGAUACCUGAGCUGGAGGAGUUGUUCCUUUGCCUUAAUGAGUACAGUAGUGUGAGUGCCUCCAGUGUGGCCUGCCCCACCUUGCGCCUGCUUCAUAUCACCGACAACAGCCUCAAGGAUUGGGCCGAAGUCCGCAAGUUUGGCUCCAUGUUCCCCAGCCUUGACACGCUGGUCAUGGCCAACAACAACUUAGCCUCUAUCCAGGACAACAAGGAUAUCCUGCCGCGACUCUUUCCCAACCUACGCAGCAUCAACCUGAACAACUCAGGUCUCAACCAAUGGGGUGACAUUGAGAAGCUGAACUUCUUCCCUAAGUUAGAGGAAGUACGGCUGCAGGGCAUUCCCUUACUGCAGGCCUACACCAAUGCAGAGCGACGCAGCCUCAUGAUAGCACAGCUUCCUUCAAUAUCACUGUUAAAUGGCAGUGUUGUGACUGACAGUGAAAGAGAAGACGCAGAACGGUUCUUCAUCCGUUACUACUUUGACUACCCUGAGGAAGAGCUGCCUUACAGAUACCAUUCCCUGGUAACCAAGUAUGGGAGGCUGGAACCGCUUGCUGAGAUUGAUCUUCGACCUCGGUGUCGUGCCCAGGUGGAGGUUCACUGUGAGGAAAAAGUGGAGCAGCUGAACAUCCGCUUGGACCAGACGGUAGCUGAACUGAAGAAGCAGCUGACAACAGUGGUCCAGCUGUCCACCAAUAGCAUGAGGCUCUAUUACAUUGAUAAGUGCAGCGCCUUUGGUCCAGAGGAAAUGCGUUACAACACCCGGGUUCUCCAUUCCUACAGCAUUCAAGAUGGGGAUGAAAUACUGGUGGUGCCCAAGAUCAAGUGAGCCGCUGAUGUCCAACUGGCUGAUAUAGAGUGACUCGGUGAUUGAUUGAUUAAUUGGAUUAUUUGUUGAUUGGUUAACUGAUUAUCACAAAAUAACUGGGAAAUGCAUAUGGAACAGCAUCAGCAGCCCACAUGGAAUGUUGGAGAGUAAAAGAAGAAAAUGAUGUGAACACCGUCAUGACAACUGCACAGUGGGCUGCUGGGGGGCUCUGGCUGGAAAUGCAGCCAGUCUGGAGUGGAUUUUAAGAACUUUAUUUAUUUCAUCUUUUUUCAAGGGCAUCCACUGGAGCUAAUGGACAAAUCUGUCACACUGGUGAACCGACCUAGAGAGCAACUUGCGAUUAGCUAACAGCUUAAACAGAGGGGAGGGCACUGCUGUGCCAGCAUAGCAGCUCUAUCUCUUAGUACACGGUAUGUACCAUAGCACCUGCUUAGGUAAGUAUCCAACACCAAUGACUUGCCCAGUUGAUGCAAAAGCUACCCUGAUAAGUAGUGACGCCGUGCUUUCAGGGUGGAGAGGGAGCUCUGUGCGCAUCUGCACAUUUGAAGUAGGCACCAUAUCAGGAGGAGCAGCAGCUGCUGAACGAAAAAUCAUGCCAUAUACAAUGUUAAAUGCAGGGGUUCACAAUGAAACUAGCAUUUUUCGAGUUUGUUUUGUUGUUCAGUGGUGGAUUUUUUUUGUAUAUCUGUGUGUAACUGCCAAAGUUACAAGAUGUUACAUGCCAUUCAGAUUGUUUGACAAAAGAAUCAAAAAGGCAAGGAAUCAUUCCUGAGACAGAAUGACAAUCAACAAUCAGUUUGGAUUUAAUAACAGAAAACACAGAUUUUAAACCCUUACGCGCCUUCCAGAUGUUUUAAGAUAUGUAAAAAUACUUUCCUUUGAAUUCUAAUUUCUCUACGGGUUUUAGUUAGAAAUGAAUGAACGGAUUGACUCCUUCUCCCUCAUCCUAAAAUCCAGAAUCUAUAAAUACACAAAUGUUGGAAUUAGCCAUAAAAGAUCAACUACUUGUGGUAAAAUCUUCCUACUUCACUGAUUGUCAGUGUAUGUGCCCUGUCGGCUUCUGGUUUCCACAUCACAUGUUUGCAUACUGCAUCAGGAUUGGCUUCCAAACUAGUUAUCAUUGUGUUUGUACAUGAAUUAAGAGAGGGAUGCACAAUAAUAUUUGCACAUGAUAUAAGGUAUAGGGUUAUUCUUCUUAUGUCAAUUCAGUGGGCCUCCCAGUUCAUGUCAUGGAUUUUUUUGGGAAGAAAAUCAUGUUUAGAUUUCUAUGAAAUUCAUGGGAGCUUGUAAAACCCUUUAACUGUGCUCCAAAUGCUUUGUAAGUUAUUAAGUAUUGAUGUUUGGCCCUCAGAACUAUAUUGUAGCUUUUUUUUUGAUUCCUUGUAUGUGAACACUCAUCCCCACCAAUCGCUUAUUUUAUACUGGAUUGGAUGGAAAUUUGUCCUGAACAUCCAAGAGACACUAAGGAAACUUGGCAACAUGUUUUCAAUUUAAUGGUUGUUGCUGGAUGGUAAAAGUAAUCAGAUUCAUAAUCAGGAGCCAUUUUUUUUAAAAGAAUCUGUCAAUUUCAAAAAUUCCUUUCUCCACUAUUUUUCACUGUCUUGCAACCAAAUUUUGGUCCUGUGUAGUAAUAAUCCAGUUCAGUGCACUCUGGGUCUCUUGGAUUUUCAGGAAAUCCAGUGAAAAUGUAAAAUUGGUGAGGUUUGAAAUAGCUUGGAGAAGGAACCACAAAAAUGUUGAAAUUUAGCUCAGACCUCAAAGGUCAUAGCUUAAAAAGUAUUUGGAGUAUAGCUAUAUGACUUUGGAAUGUCUUAUGAAUUAAAUUGUAGUUUCAAUAUGAAUAUUUCUGAGAAAGGUCCUUUACAUGAACUGGGAGAAGUUCUGAACUUUGGGUGAGUUGGCACGAAAUGACCCUAUUGGCUUUGAAAUUAAUUUAGCAAGCAGCAGGCCCUGGCACCCCCUGUGCAUUGGGGCAUGUGGUAGCCAUGGACACUGACUCGAAAUUGGCUCUGAAUUUGAAUGUCACCUCCUAUGGCACCAGAAAACAGCCACUAAUUACACGUUAUCUUCCAUUUAGUGUAUCAAGCGUAGACCACAGCAUAGAAUAUAUGAGCAACAAAAUUAUUGUGACACAAUAUGUUCUUCCUGUCAUCAGUAGAUGGCAGAGUGACUUUUGAAUAUUGGAUGUAGAUGUCCUUGGACAGUCUUUGAACACAUGCUCAUGUUGUGGGCAGAUUGGACAAUGUGCAAUUAUUGCGAGCAAUGGAAAUGUUGUUUGAAGAAAGUUUCUAAGUUUCAUUAUUUGCCAUAAUGAAUGUAUUAUGGCUUUGCUUACCCCAUAUGGGAUGGGUCUGGUUUACACGCCAGAAGUCAUUUGUAAGCAUAUAGGGCCUUCCUUUCUGUUGCCAUAGGGUGGAACUACAACUGUAACUGAAUAUUGGCAUGCCCUCAGUGCAAGACUUUCAGCAAACAAGUGAAGUUUGGAGCAGUCAAGUGACAAAACACUUCCUGCUUCAUGACAGAGUACUUUCGUUAGACACCACGAUUACUGAAAUUACUUGAUUACUGAGCGUUGUUAAGUCCUACGAUCAAGGUGGAAUUGUGAGUCCUAUUAACAGCCAAAUUUCAAAAUAAAUCAAACAAAAUAGCCAAACCUGCUGGGUUUAGGCAUUGUCCCCAAGAGACUUACUUUAAAGUCUUCGGAUGCUAAAUGUGCCUACCAAAUUGCAUACGUGUGGGUGAAAUGUAUAGCAAGGGCAACAUUUUUAGGGGGUGCUGCCGAACCAUUUAGCCCCACCUAUGUUCAACUUUUUUUUCUUCUUUUAGCCCUUGUGCAAUGUAUGGUGAGUUUUCAAGCAAAUUUGGCUUGGCUUAAAUGCAUUCAUUCAUUCAUUCAUUCAUUCAUUCAUUCAUUCAUUCAUUCAUUCAUUCAUUCAUUCAUUCAUUCAUUCAUUUAUUUAUCUUCUGACCAUUCUGUGGACUACAGAAAGUCUUAUGACAGUGUUCUGCAUCUAGUCUUAUGGGAAUAUGGGGCACUGGAGCUGUUGCUACAAGCCAUCCAGUGAUUAUUAGGCUUCAUCAAGGUUGUCCCUUGUCACUGAUCAUGUUUGUUGAUAGAAUCUCAAGGUUCAGCCAGGGGGAAUUGUAUGGGGCCCUCAGAAUUGCUCCUCUGCAUUUUGCAGACAAUGUGGACCUAUUACUUUCAUCAGACUCAGAACUUUAACAUGCUAUUAAGUGUUUUGUUGGUGAAACAGUAUGGAUGACAGUCAGCACCUCCAAGUCUGAAUCCCCGGUUCCUGGCCAAAAAUACUUUCCUCAGGUUAAAAGUGAGUUUCUGCUUCAAGAUGAGGAAUUCAAGUAUCUCAAGUUAUUAUUCACUAGUGAAGAUAAAAUGAUUCAACAGGCCGCACUGAACCAUUGUGGUGAAGUGGGAGCUGAUUCGGGAGGCAAAGCUUUUAAGUUACCAGUCAAUCUACAUUCCAACCCUAACCCAUGGUGACAGGCUUCAGGUAGUAACUUGAAGAGUGAGAUCAAAGGAAACAAGCCACCAAAAUUAGUUUCUUCCAUUGGGUGGUCCGUCUAACUCUUAGAGACAGGGUGAGAGGCUUAGACAUCUGGGGGGAGUAAGGAGUAGAGCAGCUUGCUUUGGAGGUUUUUCAAGCAUGUUUGGGGAGGAGGAAACCCCAGGGUAGAUUCAGAACAUGUUGAGAUAAGGUGUCUCAUCUGAUUCGGGAGCGACUUGGGAUCCCCCAGAAGAAGCAGCAAAAUGUUAUUGGGAAGGUGGCUCAGAAUAAGCUGCAGAGGAUGGAUGGAUGCAUGGAUGAGUGCAUGGAUGGAUGGCAAGACACCUACUCCAAACAUGUAUACGUGCACAUACCACAAAGCAGCUGUAGUAUCAUGAUAUGUGCUGCCCCCUACAGGCUUCACAGUGUUAGAGAGUAAAAUGUCUGCCUCUACAGUAAUCUCAACAGCUCAGUUUGUUUGGGUUUUUUUGUGAGGAGAAAAGUGACACACACACACACACACACACACACACACACACGGUGGGAUCAUUGUAUACAAUCUCUCAUGCACAUUCUGCACAGGAGCAGUAUGAUGGCACAUCUUAAAUAUUAAAAUCACCAUGUAAUUACAGAUUUGAUUCUAUUCAUCCACCUGUCAUUCCUUCAGCUACAUAACCUGCUCAUUCAUAUCAUCUUAAUCAAUUCAGGAGCAGGUUGAGAGCUUGUCAUUAUUAAUUUAAAGGGAGAAAGUAUUUAAUUAAAUUUUGUUCAAGCAUUAUGUUAUUUCAGUUCAUUUUUUUUACUCAUUGGUGUAAUAUAAUUGCAUGUUUUUUUGUCAUUGUAUAUGAUCCUGUUUUAUGCACUUUUAAACACUUAAUCAAUGAACCUACAUCUUUACGCUUUAUUAUGUUUUUUAAGAAAGUAAUGAACAAUUUUGGCUCAGUUUCAUGCAUGUGUAUGCACUUUUCAACUGCCCAUUAUUCAGUUAAAUGUUCCUUUAUGCCUUGUACUCUAUCUGCUCCACCUUAGUGCAUUCUGCAUUUUACUCCGUUCAUGCCCAGAAGUACUUCCACCAAAGAUAGCUCAUUAGGGUAUUAUUAUCACUAUAACAUAGAAAAGUUACAGUAUGUAUUGAUUUUAUUAUACAGCCUCCACCAUGUAUCAGAGGAGCAUUGAUGUUUGGUGCUAUCGUUUUUUUUCCUAUAGCAAGCAACUUAGCAGAGCAGGGGAUCCCUGACGGUGUGCAGUGUUAUAGCUAUGGACACCGCUGAUUCAUCAAACCACAAGAUUAAAUAUUCACAUGUUGGUUUGGGUUAUACUCUCAGUUCAUCCACACUCAGCUCAGUGUGCUAUGUUUGGCCUCUUUUCAUCAGUUUUCUUUCACUCUAAUAGUAUCAAUAUCUCAAGUAUGUAAAUGCAACAAUAUUUCAUUCCUUACUAGCAUAAUUUACCAGUUUUUAUUUUAAAAACACAACUGCAAUACUUGAAUACUAGAAAGUGUGAUGUCAUAGACUAAAGAGACAGUAUGAAGGUGUAGCACUGACAUAUAGCAGGUUAGAUGAAACAAGCUGCAAUGCAGGAACCUGUUGUCCCAUGGGAUCACGGUAAUGCUGAUUAAAUGUUUGCGAAGCAUGAACCACAGCCACUGAAACCAGCACAGGGAGAGGCAGCAAUGCAGUGCUGGCACCAACUUCAGUGCUGAGUUACAGUGUCUGUACUAAUCAGUGUGAGAUGUGUUAGUGAGAAGUGAGAACAUGCAGUAUAUCAUUGUUUGUAGGGGUUUAUGUGUUUGAGAGGGAAGUCGUCAUGCCUGCUUAGAUCUUGAUAGAAGUUUGUUGUUUGUUCGGCCCAAGAAAAUAUUCUUCUAUCUAUAUUUAUUGUUUACCUGUUUAAUUCAUCCAGAUGUUUUUAAAAUUUGUUAUAAUGUAAAUAUGUUAUUUUGUGUCUGUUGAUUACUGUCCAACCUCCUACAAGCCAAAAAUAUUGGCAGAGGCAAUUUACAGUGCUUAAAGCUCCUGAAAACUUGAUUUAAAAGUAUAUCUCUGGUACAUUAAGAAAUCGUUACUAGUAAAGCAACAAUAAAAGUUAGGUUAAAAACUGUUAUUAUCUUCUAAGAGUUGAACAAAAACUCACCUGAUCAGCCCCAUCAAGAGUGUGUGGAUGUGGUUUGAUUAAAUGUGAUUGACAGCAGCCUUGCAAAUAAAUAAAUAAGCCCAAAUGUCAUCACAUUUUCACUUUUACUUCACUUUCAAUUUCUGACUGGUAUAUUUUGUGACAUCACCAACUGAUACCUGUCUAUUCAAAUAAGUGAGAAGAACUCAGGCAAAAUCAAACAACAUGAACACUUUAUAUGUUGUGUGAUAUGACAAGGUGAAUCAGAAAAACAAAUUCUUGCGACCCUUUAAAGGAAAAUUCCAUCCUGACACUUUGUAGCAAUGCACCGUUUGGGUUUUAUGUAAUAAUCUGUUGUUUUACACUGCAAAUUUUGAGUUACUGUACUCUUACCAACUGGACCAUCAACAGCAUACCUCAGAUUCUUGGCCUGUGUGAGGCCUUUCUAGAGACACAUCUGUCACAGAAGUAGGCACAAUAAUUCUACCAGCAGUUGUCUCAAUAGGUCAGAAUUCACUAUAACCACUCAUAUAUUGGACUGGAUUUGACUCAAGUCACUGUUUGACAUGAUGACUUGUCUGUGUUCAUUUUUAUGUUAUCAGUUUAGUUUGUUUAGAGUCUGGCUGACAGUAUUUCACUGUUAAUAAGGGUAUUUAGUGAUAUAUUAAUUGAGAAGAAACUAAGAAAUAAUUUGGCCUUUUUAAAGUUAUAUUUUUGUUUUCUUUGAUGACAGUUAUUUCAUUGAAUACCAACUCAUUGUCGUAUUUUUUAACAGGUGAGAUACAUUGGCCAGUAAUAUUAUUAAAAAGGUACAGACACAGUGUAUUUCUUCUUUACAAGUACCAUAUACUGCUGUUAACUUGACUUGGGACUUGAUUUGACACAACCUUCAACUCAAAUUACCUGGAAAUGUAUUCAUCUAAGUGGCAAAAACAAACCUACUCAAGAGUUACUGAGGGUGGACUUUUCCUUUAAAUUUAACCAGGUAUAACCCAUUACAGGAUAUAUUCCUCCAAAACCAAAAAUUCAGUCAUUAUCCCCGCACCCCCAUUGCAAUGGAAAGUUUGGGGAAGUUUCUUAGUCCACAAACAUUUCUGGGGCGUCACAGCAGUCCUCCUAAAUGUAAGUUUUUAUUCAAAAUCUGCACUAUAACUGCAAAGCUAAAAGUGUUGGCGUGCAACCUGUUUGAAGUGGGUGUAAAUGUAUAAUGUGUAAAUAUUUCCAAUUCAGUUUUGGAUCUCGGUCAUUUUAAUUUUCUUUUUCUUCUUUUUUUGGGGGGGGGCUUUUUUAUUUUUACAUUCAAGUCUCCAGCUACUUCAGUUGUUUAGUAAGAUGCUGCUGCACUGUGUGUCGCCCCAGAAAUGUUAAGUGGUCUACAAAACUUCACUUUCCCUUGACUCUUCAUCAGAAUACGAGAGAGAAGUGGGGAGAGGAAUCACUGAACUUUUUGGUUGAACUUACCUUCAAUUCCUGCUCUACUCCUGGAAACCAGUGCAGUCAGAAAUUAUUGUAAGAAACAAAUGAGAAGCCAAAGUUGAGUUGAAAUGCUGCAUAAUUGCUCAGAAAAGUGAAACUGUUUUCAGAUAUGUUUUCAGUAGAUGAACCACUUAUUUGUUUGAUUGUUGUUUGUUUGAUCAGCGCUUGCCUGCUCAAAUGGAGAUAAUUCAUGCAUUGAAAAGCUCCAUAUUUCCUUUGCUUAAUGAAAUACUCAACACAUAAGACAUCUGGCAGCUUCAGUACAGCACAUACUGUUUGAAUGGAACCCUGUGAAACUAAAUACACACUUCCAACUCUCGAAGAAAACAUUUCUCUUUGAUUACAGUGGUAUAGAUUUUGGUUGGACCGAGUGUGCAGGUUUCAUCCCCGCUUAGACUAAUGCACCAGUAUUUAAGCUGAUCACCUCACCCAUCUAUAUAUAACACGGGACUGUUCGUAAUCUUUGGCAAAUAAAAACAUAAUCAUUUUUAUUUGGCACCUAUAUGAAGUAUUAAAUGGAACAGAUUGAGUCGUCUCUCAUGUAUUAGUAUAAGUAGAGAAGAUGCAUCACUGAAUGGUAAUAAAUGGCAAUCUCCCUC